UUUAGAAAAUUGCUGUCCAGCUCCUGCCCCACCCCAACUUGGUCUACCUCAGGAAGGUUUACUGAAUUCUAUCUAUAUUCGCUUUGAUCCACUACUCCCUAUAAAUAGACAACAAGAAGAAUGAUUCCCUCGUCUAUCGUUUGAUCUAAUAGUAUAUUACAUCAUUCUUCUGGGAGAUUCAGCUCUUGAUUCCUGCAUUAAUGGCGCCUUUUAGAGACGAAGCGCAAGAGCACCUCCUAGAGUCGGCGCCGGAAAACGGGCACCAUGGCGGCGUCAAGAUCGAGGUGAGGGAUCUGACAAAGGUUUCGGACAAGGAUGUAAGGAUUCUGAACAAGGUCAACUUGGACAUCCCAAGAGGAGUGAUAAUGGGGGUGAUCGGGCCGAGCGGGAGCGGGAAGUCGACUUUCUUGCGGGCCCUUAACCGGUUGUGGGAGCCUGCUUCGGGUUCUGUGUUGCUCGACGGUGUAGAUAUCUGUGAGCUUGAUGUGCUCAGCCUUCGCCGGAAAGUUGGCAUGCUGUUCCAGCUUCCUGUUCUGUUUGAAGGCACUGUUGCGGAUAACGUGCGAUACGGACCACAACUAAGAGGGAAGAAGCUAAGUGAUGGUGAGGUCCACAAGUUGCUUGCUCUUGCAGAUCUUGAUUCCUCUUUCUACGGGAAGUCUGGUGGAGAGUUAUCUGUUGGUCAAGCUCAAAGGGUUGCUCUUGCAAGAACCUUGGCUAACGAACCAGAGGUUUUGCUACUUGAUGAGCCAACAAGUGCGUUGGAUCCAAUAUCGACUCAGAAUAUAGAAGACGUUCUGGUGAGGCUGAAGAAAGAUCGGGGAAUGACAAUCGUAAUGGUUUCUCACAGCAUCAAACAAAUACAGAGGAUUGCUGAUGUAGUUUGCCUUCUUGUAAAUGGUGAGAUUGUUGAAAUUCUGGAACCUAAUCAGCUCUCUGAGGCUAAGCAUCCUAUGGCACAAACGUUUCUUCAGCUCUCUUGAGUUUUACUCCAUUUUGUGUUUUUGCUUUUCGUUUGUGAGUGCAAUGAAGCCACAGCCGAGCACAGUAUAAGUUGCUUUCUUGCAUAACUUGCUUUCUUGAACUGGUUACUAGACUCCACCUUGCGUUUUGUAUUGGUUGUAUAGGAGAAAGGAUUGGUAUCUCCUAAACACGAUUAUUUGGAAAGAAGGGAAUCGCUUCUGUUGUCUUUA